AUGAUACAACGUGGUAAAUGUCGUUCUCCAUUAUAUCAUCGUUUAUUAUUAUCAUUAAUUUUAUCAAUCAGUGCUUCACUCUUAUUAAUUACUAUAACAAAUCAACAUCAAAAUCCUUUUUUAUCUAUUACUGAGACAAACAAUAUUGCUGAUCGAACAGUUCUGUUUAUCCGUACAGCACAGAAUUGUCAAUCACGCUUAAAAUAUCUUCUUGAAAGUUGGAUACCAAAAGAUCUAUCAAAACAAUCAAAUAUAUAUUUAAUAACCGAUAAAAUAUUAAAUAGUGCAAAUGUAACAAUAUUUAAUUCAUUUCGAAAUGUAAUUGAAACAAACUGUCCUUCAACACAUGAUGGAUUUGAUUUAUGUUGUAAAACAGCACAUGAGUUUGAUGCAUAUUAUAGUUUAACAAAAAUAAAUUCAAAUGUAGAAUGGAUGUGUCGUUUUGAUGAUGAUCAAUAUGUUAAUGUUGAUAAUUUAUAUAAAUAUUUAUCUCAAAUGAACUCUUCUAAACCAUAUUAUAUUGGUCGAACAAGUAUUAAUAAACGUUUAACGACUCCUAAGGAUAAUCGAACAUAUACAUUUGCGACGUACGGUGCUGGUGUAUGUUAUUCACAUACAUUACUUAAACAACUUCGUCCUCAUGUUCAUGUUAAUGUUUUACCUAGACGUUGUGUAAAUCGUUCAUUAUCCGAUGAUGUUUAUAUGGGUUAUUUAAUUGAGCUUAUAGUUAAUGUAUCAUUAACACCAGUGAAUGAUUUAUUACAUUCACAUUUAGAAAUACUUGAUAAAUCAUUUCGAAGAUAUAGUUUAAAUGAUUUAGCACGUAUGAUUACAUUUGGUUUUGCAUGGGAUCGAUAUACAUUAGAUUGGUUACCAAUAAUUCAUCAUUUAAUUGAAUUUACUAAACAAGAUCAAUAUGAAGCAGCAGAUCAUUUAUGGUUUUUUCUAAGAAAUUAUGAAAAAGAACAUCCUCAAAAUUUAACAAAUAAAUAUGAUCAAUCAUGUACAUCAUAUGAACGAUUACGAAAUAAAACAUUGUUAUUAAAAAAUAAAACAACAAUAAAAAAAACUACAAAAAAAAUUAUAAAAUAA